AUGCAUGUGAUUUCUUCAUCACUCACCAAAGCAAAAUCUCGCGGUAAGCUCAAACGCUCAGUGAUUAUUCUGUGCUUCUCAAAUUUGCUCACCAUGUUUGGAGGCUUUAUCACCGACUCUUUCUUCACAAGAUUCACCACUUUCUAUGAUUUGUGCCAAAUAUAUUUAUAGGGACUUUUACUGCUUACAACUCAAGCUCAAUGUAGCAGCUUACAGCCUCCUAUAAAUGCAAGGCCGUCUCACUCUCAAGCUGCUCUUCUUUAUACCGGACUCUACUCUAUGGCCACAGGCAUUGGUGGCAUUAAGGCGUCAUUGCCUGGACAUGGAGCUGAUCAGCUUGACGACACCAACCAGCGACUUAUAUCUGCCUUCUUCAAUUGGUUUUUCUUUUCGCAAUGCACUGGUGGGCUCAUUGCUGCAACCAUUACGGUUUGGAUCGAAGAGAAAAAAGGAUGGAACAGGAGUUUUAAGAUUUCUGUCGUUGCAUUGAGUUUGCCAAUAUGCAUUUUCGCAAUGGGAUUUCCUUUUCAUAGACACGCUGGCAGUCCACUUACAAGAGUCCUUAAGGUACUUGUUUCUGCAGUUCGAAACAGGGAAGCCUCAGCUGUGGUCGAUUUGGGAGAUCAUAAUGCAAUUUCAGUAGAAAAAAGGUCCUCUGACAUGUUCAGCUUCCUCGAUAAAGCAUUAUGCGAUGACACCAUAACUGCAGCUGAGGUUGACGAAACAAAGAUAUUCCUUGGCCUGUUUCCCAUAUCUGCCAGCACAAUCAUGAUGAACUGCUGUCUCGCACAACUACAAACCUUCUCAGCACAACAAGGGGACAUUAUGAAUAGAACACUAAACAGUUUCAAAAUUCCCACCCAAUCAUUAACAGUAUUACCCUUAACAACCAUGCUUCUUUCCAUACCCUUAUACCAACGUUUUGUACACAGUUUCGGAAGCAAAGUUUCACCAAAAUACAACAUUUUUCUACCACUUAAGAGGAUCGGAUUGGGGCUAGCACUAGCGUCAGGGUCCAUGGAGGUGGCUGCCGUGAUGGAGGCCAAGAGGCGGUCAGCGGCAACACAAAAUAAUGAGACAUUGUCUGUGUUUUGGCUAGUCUGGCAGUACCUUUUACGUGGGGUCCCUGAUAUGCUCACUCUUUGUGGGAUGCUUGAGUUCUUUUUCUUAGAGGCGCCACAUAGCAUGAUUAGUGUUUGCACUGCACUCUCUUGGUGCUCUACAUCAAUGGGGUUUUUCCUUGGUUCAAUUUUAGCGUCAAUUACCAAUUUAGUGAGUAGAAAAUUAGGUCAAGAAUGGCUUGGUGGGAGCGAUCUGAAUAGUGCUUGUCUGGAUCUGUUUUAUGCACUCAUCAGCAUUCUUAAUUUACUCAAUUUUCUAAAUUAUGUGCACUGGGCAAACCGUUAUUAAGAAUUUGGAUAGU